AUGUAUUUUAAUCAAAUAUUCAUUUUCUUCUUUUUAUUAAUUUUUAUCAACAUUUCAAUUCAAAAAAUGUGUAAAUGUAAUACUAAAGAUGCGGAAACGAAAAAAUUGUUCCGCCAUCGGUAUAAAAGGGGUAGCAAUUUAUGCCGUUGUGGCAUGAAAGAUGAAUCUAGUGGAGAAGGUUCUGGCUAUGAAGAUCCUCAUUAUGGAGGUUCUGACUAUGCCUCACAAAAAUAUUCAGAGGAUUCUGAAGGACAUUCUUCUUCAAAUAUUAGUCAUCGUUCUGGAAAAGGAAAAGAAGUUGUUGAGGAAGAAGAAGGAUUGGGUGAAUGGACAGGAAGUGAAAUUGACAGUGAAGAAGUUUUGGAAGAUAUUGAAGAGAGUUUGAAGAAAACGGGAAAAAGUAAAGCUAAGAGUGUGUUAUAUAUUACGGAUAAUUUUUACCAAUCGCAUAUACAAUUAAAUGUAAAUUUUAUAUAUAUUUUUGAUUUCUGGAUAGAGUUAAACCCCAAAUUUAUGUGUUUCGUGAUACGUGGUUUUAUUUUAAAAAAUUUGUUAAUUUAUAAAAGGAAGAGUUCCCAGUAG